GAGCGUUACAUCUGCACUUCUUUAGCCAAUAGAAGCACGAAGUGACGAAUCCGGCAGCUCUCGUUGAUGACGUAUGUGAUCUGAAGCACAAAACCGCGUGAAAAUGCUCUUCUACUCGUUCUUCAAGUCCUUGGUUGGCAAAGAUGUUGUGGUUGAGCUCAAGAAUGACUUGAGCAUUUGUGGAACAUUACACUCAGUUGAUCAGUAUCUGAACAUCAAACUGACAGAUAUCAGUGUCACUGAUCCUGAGAAAUAUCCGCACAUGUUGUCGGUGAAGAACUGCUUUAUCCGUGGAUCAGUAGUGCGAUAUGUUCAGCUUCCUGCGGAUGAAGUGGACACACAGCUGCUACAGGAUGCUGCACGCAAAGAAGCUAUGCAACAGAAACAAUAAUGUUUACAUUUGAGAAUAGUUUUUUUUUGUUGGACUGUUCACAAGCAUCAUCUGUGGAGUUUUGUAGUUUAAAUGUUUUUUUUCCUACCUGAAACUUUUAUGUAAAGUUUGGAUUUUUUUUCCCUAAAUAUUCAUUUACCUCUGUUGUCAUGAGGCCCAUUACUGAGAGGGGAUGACUUUUUUUUUUUAGUUAGUAGUGGUUUUGUGCUUUUAAUAAUUUUUGGAAGGUUCUGUAUUGCAUCCAAAUGACUUUUUAGUUAAGUUCUUCGACCUACUAAUACAAGAAUAAAGCAUUUUCUUCCACAGUCUACUUUUUGUUAUUGUAGUUAAACCAUUGAAACAUUUACUGACUGGCUGUAUUCAAAUUCACAUACUGUCUGAGUAAAUACUUCUGUUGAAUAUGUAGAUAUUUUAUGGGUGUUAAAAAAAGAAUGUUUCAUAUCAUGGAUCUCCAACCCUGCUCCUGGAGCAGAACUCCCAUCCUGCAGAGCUCAGCUUUAACCCCAAUCAAACACCCGUAAAACAUGUGGAAGAGCCCAGGGUUACUUGAUAAUUACGGACCGGUUUGCUGGAGCAGGGUUUGAACUGAAGUCUGCAGGAAGAUAGCUCACCAGGCACAGGGUUGGAGACCACUAAUAUAAAACAUACUUUUUUUUUUAUAACAGUUGUAAAUUAUUUGUUUUAUGUCGUAUGAAUGUAACUUGGAUGUAUGAUAUACGUCAUGUGAC